AAACACCCAUCCAAAAUGGCGUUCAAGGUGGUAACCAUUCUCUUAAUUGCUGUAUUCUGUUUGGUCCAAGCCCGUCCUCAAUUUGGUCUUCCGCCUUUCGGCGGACCUGGUUUUGGAGGACCAGGUUUUGGCGGAGGAUUCGGACCUCGCCCCCCAUUUGGUCCCCCAGGUUUCGGCGGACCUGGUUUCGGUAGACCCGGCUUCGGUCCACCCGGUUUCGGCGGACCCGGUUUCGGUGGACCCGGUUUCGGUGGGGCUGGUUUCGGCGGAGGCGCUAUCGGUGGUGUCGGUGGUUUUGGUGGUGGAUUCGGACGUCCCGGAUUCGGAAGAUAGAGAUCACGCUUAAUUUAUUUGUU